AUGAAUCCUGCCCAAAACAACACUCUACCCUAUGGUCGACUGCUCACCAGGAUUUUCUUAUCCCUUGGGAUUGAUCUUGACCGUGAACCCAAGGGAACAUGCACUGAGGGACCUAUUGGGUUUAAUGCACUGCAGAAGAUGAAUCUGUACUAUGAUUAUGACAGUGCAGGGGAGCAGGUUCAGUACGGGGAUGGCAGAGGCGCUAGGGAGGAGGAUGAGGAUGACAGUGAUAAUGACCUAGAGUUUAUGGGUUCUGACCAUCUGCAGCAGUUUAUACUGACUUUCCUCGAUCGCUUACUCUGUAGGAUACACGUGGCACCAUUCAGCGAUGAAUAUUUGUAUGUUGAAAUUGCAAAUAAGGCCCUGUUUUGGCAGCAACAAAAUUAUUAUGGCAUUGACCUUACUCACUUAUAUGGAUCUGCAUUUCAAGGAUACUUUUCUCAGCCUGUGGUGGAUUCUUUCGAUCCAAGAUUAUUGGUAGCUCCAGCUAUAUCUCAUACACUAGAUUUUACUUCUGUGAAGGAAGAAGAACUGUAUGAAAUUGAAAUCCCACUGAGUUUCAUAGCCUCUGUGGGCACUAGAGUUCAUGGGCUGGCUUGCUGGUUCGAUGUGUUAUUUAAUGGGAGUUCUGUACAAAGAUGGCUUACUACUGCUCCAGGUGCACCUACAACCCAUUGGUACCAGCUACGCUGUGUUCUUUCUCAGCCAAUAUAUGUCAUGGCUGGACAAGAAAUUACUGGACGGCUCCACAUGGUUGCACACAAUGCUCAAAGCUAUACAAUGCACCUAACUAUGUCAGCUAAAAUGUGGGGUGCUGGUGCUGAACAAGGAGGAAUACUUCAGACGUCGUCAUGCAAACUUGAUCUUAAGGAGCCAUACUAUCGAAUAGCUCAACCACAGGCAUAUGCAUGGGCCCAAGAUCAGCAAUCACAUCAGCUAACACAAUCGCAGGAUGCUUUGGAGCCUGGCUUAGUGCAGCAACUGUCACAGAAUUCUGGGUCUUCGUUGGCUCGAUGACAAAGACGAUCGGUUUCAAUUCCAAAGGUGAGAAUGAAGUUUCGAUAUAAACAGUAUUCUUAUGCUUGGAGCAUAUGCUUUUACCCAAAGCCGAAAUGAGUAGGGUAUUAAAAUUAUCCACUACGUGGAUUAUGAUAUUUAACCAGCCUGAAUGAAGCUGCGUGUAGAAUAUUACAUUUUUUUUUCUUUGAUUGGUUAC